AGGCAACAUUUCCAAAUGUCAUUCUCAUCUGGUUUGUCUCUGUGAGCCAUUCGUGUUUCUUUAUUUUUGGAUUUAUUUAUCGUUUAUGAUUCCAGAAAAGUAGUUUCCAUUGAAAUUUCAAUCCUAAAAAACACUAGCGUUGUGUCAUAAUGUCGGUUAUGGAAUUCUUGAAAGAUCUGCCGUCUUACGACGAACAUAAUUUCACCUUAUUUAAUACCGAUCACGGUAUAAGAAACUGUUCCAAAAGACCUUCAAUUUACCUGCCCACCAAAGAUAUACCUUCUGAACAAAUUAUUGUAACCGAAAAAACAAACAUCUUAUUAAGAUAUCUACACCAACAAUGGGAGAAAAAGAACAACACAUCACCCAAAAAAAGAGAUCAGAGCCAUAUAGAACAAAAUGGUGAUGAAAGCAGACCACGUAAAAGGCCAUGUCUCAACUCACCCCUCAACUGAAAAUGAAUGUAUCUCACAUCACUUACCUUGUGCUUGAGUUACAGACUUUACAAAGUGUAUGGCCAUUUUAUAAUUACAUUUGUAUGCCACAUUUUUAGAUUGAAUUAUAAAAUAAUUGUUGAAACAAACUGGUACUAUGUUUUUGGGAGCUUUAAUUAUCUUUUAAAUUUGAUUACGCAUGCAAGUAACAUUUACUUAUGACAUUAUUAUUUUGCUGAUUGCAAAUAAGAUUAUUUUUCUUAUUAGCUUGAACAUUCUGUGCAAUUCACUUUUAUGUAUAAGAUUGACUUUAAAUCAUAAAAGCAUAGUUAGCCAUUCCAUUUUAAUAUCUUAACUUUCACCUUGGAGCAAGUUUCAUUGCUGGGUACUACUGAGUAGAAAUGUGUUCAAUACUUUUAAUGCAAACUGCACUCACCGAAUGGGCAAGUUGUAAAAGUGUUUAUUAUAAUGUUAGUAUUUCUUUCAUAUAUUUGUUUGUAAAUUUUAAUAAAUGUAACAUGAGUAGCUGUGCUGUUUUGGCUCAAAGGUGCCAGUUGAUAUUUCAAUCAUUCUAAAUUGUGUAAGUGACUGAAGUAUUAUCGUAAUGAAUAUUGAGUUAAUCUUGUCAUCACCUCUUAUAAUUAAAGAGCACAUACAUUUCUUGUCAACUCCAAUAGUACAUGUGUUUAAGUAAACUAAUGUAAAACUAGUUUUUAUAUAACUUGAUUUCUGAUCAUUAUUAUAAAAAGUUGUAGAUGAAUUCAGGCAACUGGUUAUCUAUAUAACAAAACUUAUAAAUAUAUUUAAUAUACAUA